AUGAAAACAAAUAAAAACAGAAAAAUCCCCAGAUAAUAAACAACACCAGUAGCCGUUACUUCACUCCCCAUCUCUCUCUCUCUCUCUCUCUCUCUCUCUCUCUAAAUUUGUUCACACUCUCACUGUGACCAAACCUCUACCGGAGCCAAUAGGAAGUGAAUCGGAAUCCUCCGCCGGCGGUGCUGGACUUCGGCGACUCUGAAGCUUCACUGGAACUCCUUUUUUUUACUAUCAGUGGAGGCUAGAAAGUGAAGGAGAUGAUGAUGAUGGCUGGGACACCGGCGACGCCGAAUUCCAAAAUCCGUAGGACUACUUGCUCCACUCCAGGUGGUUCAAGAGUUCGUGAGGAGAAGAUAUUGGUCACUGUUCGAUUGCGGCCACUGAACCGGAGAGAGCAGGCAAUGUAUGAUCUCAUUGCUUGGGAUUGCCUGGAUGAGAAUACUAUUGUUUUCAAGAAUCCUAAUCAUGAGAGACCUGCUAAUCCAUACACAUUUGAUAAGGUGUUUGCGCCGACGUGCUCAACUCAGAAGGUCUAUGAAGAAGGAGCCAAGGAUGUUGCUUUAUCUGCACUUACAGGAAUGAAUGCAACAAUUUUUGCAUAUGGGCAGACAAGCAGUGGAAAGACAUUUACCAUGAGAGGAAUCACUGAGAAUGCUGUCAAGGACAUUUUUGAACACAUCAAGAACACACCGGAGAGGGAUUUCAUUCUUAGAUUUUCUGCAUUAGAGAUCUACAACGAAACUGUUGUUGACCUCUUGAAACGCAAAUCUGGCCCUGUUCGACUUUUGGAUGAUGCUGAGAAAGGAACCAAUGUGGAUAAAUUACAUGAGGAAAUUAUUGAAGAUGGCCAACAUCUGAAGCAUUUGAUAGGAAUUUGUGAAGCUCAAAGGCAAGUGGGAGAAACUGCCCUAAAUGAUAAAAGCUCGAGAUCACAUCAGAUAAUCAGGCUGACCAUAGAGAGCAGCCUGCGAGAAAGUUCAGGCUCAGUGAAAUCUUUUGGAGCCAGUUUGAACCUUGUGGAUCUGGCUGGAAGUGAACGUGCCUCCCAGACAAAUGCAGAUGGGACAAGGUUGAAGGAAGGUAGUCAUAUCAACCGCAGCUUGCUAACACUCACAACAGUGAUCAGGAAGCUGAGUGGUGGAAAAAGAAGCGGCCACAUACCAUACAGGGAUUCUAAGCUUACACGAAUUUUGCAGUCUUCAUUGGGGGGAAAUGCUCGAACAGCGAUCAUAUGCACAGUAAGCCCCGCUUUGAGCCAUGUCGAGCAGACAAGAAAUACACUAUCAUUUGCAACUAGUGCCAAGGAGGUCACUAAUGCGGCAAAAAUAAAUAUGGUAAAAGCAUUAGCAGCUUUUCAUCUUCUCUGGAAUACCUCAUGUGAUAAACAUGCCUUAUCUUGCUUCAAUAAUUUGCAGAGAAUAGCCAGACUUGAAGCAGAGUUGCGAAGUCCUGAGCCUUCUGCACUUAGGUCCAUACUAGAAGAAAAGGACCUGAAAAUUAAGCAGAUGGAGAGGGAAAUGGAAGAGCUAAAGCGGCAAAGAGACCUUGCACAAUCACAACUUGAGUUAGAGCGAAAAGUAAACAAGGUGCAGAAGGGAUCAAACCAAUGUGGACCUUCUUCUGAAGUCGUGAGGCGUCUUUCUUUUCCUGGAGAGGAUGAAAUCCCUGCUACCACUCCACAAUCUCGUACAAGAAAUACAGCUCGAAGGCAGUCAAUUAUGAGGAGAUCAGUAACUUCUACAGAUCCAUCCAUGCUUGUGAAUGAAAUCCGAAAGUUAGAGCAGAGGCAGAGGCAGCUUGGUGAUGAGGCAAAUCGAGCACUUGAAGUACUGCACAAGGAGGUAGCUACCCAUCAACUGGGAAAUCAGGAAACUACUGACACUAUAGCAAAACUGCUGUCUGAAAUAAAAGACAUACAAGCAGUUGGCACUAUUCCUGAAGUAUCUAUGAUUGAAGGUGAGGCCAACUUGAAAAAAGAGAUCACUCGAUGGAAAUCUCAGGCAGGCAAUAUUGAAUCUCUAGAAAGGAAGCUCGAGAAUGUUCAGAAAUCUAUAGACCAGCUGGCUUCUGCAUUUGCAACUAGUGAGGAGAGUUCAGAAUGCAAGACCCAGUCAAAAAAGAAGAAACUCCUUCCUUUCACCCUAAGCAAUAGCACAAAUAUGCAGCAUUUAAUUCGGUCUCCUUGCUCACCUAUGACCCAUUCACGUAAAGUUAUGGAUUAUGAGAGUGAGAACAAGGUGCCCCAGAUUAAUGAUGCUAUGCCUAGUGAUGACAUUGGUACGUCUGGGAGGUUAAAAUGUACUCCACCAAAGAGUGAUGAAAAUGGUACCCGAAAAUCGUCCAAAGACAGAAGUCCGUCUGCUCCGCAAUCAUCAGUCAGCGUGAAGAAAAUGCAGAGGAUGUUCAAGAAUGCUGCAGAGGAGAAUAUACGGAGCAUCAGAGCUUAUGUUACUGAGUUAAAAGAGCGGGUGUUAAAGCUCCAAUACCAGAAGAACCUUCUGUUGUGCCAGGUAAUUUCAAUGGAGGAGGACAAAGAAGCUGGAACAGAUGAGAUGGAUAAAAUUGAUGAAUCUAUUCCUUUGGCAUGGCACCUGACUUUUGAAGAGGAAAGAAGAGAAAUUGUCAUGCUAUGGCAUUUGUGCCAUGUUUCAAUUACUCACCGCAGCCAAUUUUAUCUGUUGUUCAAGGGCGACCCCUCUGAUCAGAUUUACAUGGAAGUUGAACUCAGAAGGUUGCAAUGGUUAGAACAACACUUCUCUGAUCUUGGUAAUGCGAGUCCUGCACUCUUAGGCGACGAACCUUCAGGAACUGUUUCAGCAAGUAUCAAGGCUCUUAAGCAAGAAAGGGAGUAUUUGGCCAAGAGGGUUGGCUCUAAGCUAACAGCUGAUGAGAGAGAGUUGCUGUAUGCAAAAUGGGAUAUCCCUCCAGGAGGAAAACAAAGGAGGAUGCAGCUGGUAAACAAGCUGUGGACUGACCCCCAUAACAUGCAACAUGUACAAGAGAGUGCCGAAAUCGUUGCCAAGCUGGUUGGUUUCUGUGAAUCUGGUGAACCUGCUAGCAAGGAGAUGUUUGAACUCAAUUUCGCUUGCCCUUCCGAUAAGAAGACAUGGUUGGGCUGGAAUUUGAUAUCGAACCUCCUAAAUCUGUAGAACAAUAGCCUCUAGCUAGUAGUGUCAGUUCAGUUAAGUCUUUCAUCAUGCCUGUAUUCUCCUUGUAUAGGAAGUUUUGUAGUCUACAGGAGUUAGAAUGAUGAGCUCUGUAAUUAAUUUUGUAUUGUAAUGAAUAUUAAGGGCCAUUUUCAGG